AAAAAAAAUCAAAGCACAACACAGAAAUCUUCCACAGUAAAAAAAAACGCAACUUUAAAUUGAUUAUAAAACAAAUGAAUGAUGAUUAUGGUGAUGUAAAUAUUCAUAUCCAAUAUAAUGAUGAUGACGAAAUGAUGAAAUGACAAUAUGUUAUUGGAAAUCAUGAAACCACCACCACCACCAUCGCCAUCAUCACCAUCAUUAUUAAAUGAAAUUCUAAUUAAUCGUUGCCAUUCAAUAAUGGAAUUAAACAGAAUUAGAAUUGAAAAUUUUUCCAAUAAAUUUUUAUUAUUAUCCACUUUAUUUGUUUGUAUUACAAACAUUUUAAAAAUGGUUAGCCAUCAUUUUAUGAUAACAUCAUCAUCAUUGUUUUAUAAUUAUUAUUACUAUCAUGGCCAUCAUCAACAUUAUCAAAAAAUUGUUCAUUAUUAUCAUUAUCAACAUAAAAAAUAUCAUUAUCAUUAUCAAAAUCGAACGAAAAAACCAUACGCUGCCAUUGAUGAUGAAUUGAUCAGCAGAAUUAAUUGGAAAACAUUUAAAAUAAUCAUUGUAAUAUCGAUAUUAUUAUCAACAACAAUGAUUAUACCAUUUACAAUUGCCAACAAAGUGACCGAACAUGGUGAUAUAUUGUUGGGAGGACUAUUUCCGAUCCAUCAAAAAGGUCAAAAUAGUACACAUUGUGGAUCAAUCAAUAAAGAUCGUGGUAUACAACGUUUAGAGGCAAUGUUAUUUGCAAUAGAUAAGAUCAAUCGUGAUCAAACAUUAUUGGCCAAUAUUAAAUUAGGUGCAAUCAUUUUAGAUACCUGUUCUUCCGAUACAUAUGCAUUAAAUCAAUCAUUAGAAUUUAUUCGUGCAUCUAUUAAUACUGUUGAAGCAUCAGCAUUUGAAUGUAUUGAUGGAUCAACACCGAGACCUAAAUAUGAUUGGAAACAUAUCAGUGGCGUUGUUGGUGGAUCAUAUAGUGAGGUUUCACUACAAGUUGCCAAUUUGUUAAGAUUAUUUAAAAUUCCACAGGUCAGCUACGCCUCAACAGGAACAUCAUUGAGCGAUAAAACACGUUAUGAUUUUUUUGCUCGUACUGUUCCACCUGAUACGUAUCAAGCAUUAGCGUUGGUUGAUUUGGUUCUCAAAUUUAAUUGGUCAUAUGUUAGUCUAGUAACAUCUGAAGGUCAAUAUGGUGAUUCUGGUAUGACUGCAUUUGUUCGUGAAGCAAAAAAACGUUCAAUUUGUAUUGCGGCCAAUGAAAAAGUACCACAAAAUGCCAAUGCAAAUUAUUUUCAAUCAAUAUUGUUCAAUUUACGUACAAAACCAAAUGCUCGUGGUGUUGUACUGUUUUUACGUGCUGAAGACAAUCGUGGCUUACUUGAGGCCGCUCAAUCACUCAAUUUUACAAAUCAUUUUACAUUUAUUGCUUCGGAUGGCUGGGGUAAACAGGAUCAUUUAGUAUUGGGUGUUGAACAAGUAGCCGAAGGUGCUAUCACUGUUGAAUUGGCAACAACUGAAGUACAAGAAUUUGAUAAAUAUUUCACCAAUCUAACCAUCGAACAUAAUCGACGAAAUCCUUGGUUUAAAGAAUAUUGGCGUGAUACAUAUGGUUGCCGUUUUGAUGAUGAUCCAUUUGAGAACUUAUCCGUGCCUUUAUGUUCACAACAAUUACCUACCGGUAUCAUUGGUUAUAAACAAGAAUCUAAAGUACAAUUUGUUGUCGAUGCUGUUUAUUCAUUUGCAUAUGCAUUACAUAAUGCAUGGCUUGAUCUAUGUGAAUCCGAUGAAGGAUAUUGUCCAAGAUUAAAAGAGCUUGAUGGUGAAACAUUCUAUAAACAUUAUCUGCUCAACGUUUCAUUUAUUGAUUUGGCAGGUACUGAAAUUCGUUUUGAUAAAAAUGGCGAUGGUCUCGGCCGUUAUAAUAUAUACAAUUUUCAGCUUAACAACAGUCAACGCUCAACUUUAUCGACGAAUCAAUAUAAUUAUAAAAAAGUUGGUCAAUGGAGUGAUGCUGGAUUGGAAUUAUAUCUAGAUGAGCUUGUAUUCAACAUUACACCAGAUGACGAUAGCUUUCAAGAUAUACAGGUUGAUGGUAAUGAUGGUUAUACACGUAUUGUACGAGUACCAGAAUCAAUUUGUUCGAAACCAUGUAAAGUAGGCCAAAUUAAAAUCGUACAACAAGGUGACCGUUGUUGUUGGAUUUGUGCAGCAUGUAAACCAUAUGAAUAUGUUUAUAAUGAAUCUACAUGUGAAGAUUGUGGUGAAGGCCGUUGGCCAUAUCCGGACAAACAAAGCUGCUAUGAUUUAGAAUUACGUUAUAUGAAAUGGGCAUCAAUGUUUGCCAUAGUGCCAAUAAUAAUUGCUCUCAUUGGCCUUAUUCUAACAUUUUUUGUCAUAAUGAUAUUUGUCAAAUAUAGUGACACACCUAUUGUCAAAGCAUCGGGCAGAGAAUUAUCAUUCAUCUUGCUUGGCGGUAUCAUUUUUUGCUAUCUUAAUACAUUCAUUUUGAUUGCCAAACCAACAUUAAUCACCUGUGCCAUACAACGUUUUGGGGUUGGUUUCGGUUUUGCUAUAAUCUAUGCAGCAUUGCUUACAAAAACUAAUCGAAUAUCAAGAAUAUUCGAUAGUGCAAGAAAAACUGUCCGUCGUCCAAGCUUUAUUAGUCCAAAAUCACAAGUGAUUAUUACCGGUUUUUUGGUCAUGAUACAGAUAAUUGGUACGGGUGUUUGGUUUUUGCUUGAACCACCGGGUAUCCGUAAAUAUUAUCCAGAUGGUAAAAGAUCCGAAGUGAUACUUAAAUGUCGUGUACGAGAUUCCAGUUUUUUAUUAAGCCUCAUGUAUAAUAUGUUUCUUAUAACAACAUGUACAUUAUAUGCGGUUAAAACAAGAAAAAUACCGGAAAAUUUUAAUGAAUCAAAAUUUAUUGGCUUUACCAUGUAUACAACAUGUAUUAUUUGGCUAGCAUUUGUUCCAAUCUAUUUUGGAACUGGCAAUAAUUUCGAAAUCCAGAUAACGACAUUAUGUGUUUCGAUUUCAUUGAGCGCUUACGUAGCAUUAUUUUGCCUUUUUUCACCAAAAUUAUACAUAAUCAUCUUCCAUCCGGAUAAAAAUGUUCGUAAGCUAACUAUGAAUAGUGCAACGUAUAAGAAAACAACAUCUUCAAGUGUUCCCACAACAUCAUCCAAUCACGACUAGAACAUGUCAAAUUAACCGUUUCUGAAGAUAAUCGAGUUUAUGCUGCCACUGAAACCAGUACACGUUCAGUAACGG